GCUAACUUAAGUAGUCACUAAACAAUUUACUAAUUACACUUAAUUUAAUUUAAACAGUGAACAAUUCUGGCGAUUUUAAGAAAAUAGUUGAGUAAAAAUCAACCAUUCAAAUGGAAAUGCACCAAGUAUGCAGGUUAGUUGCAACGGGGGUUAUUCGGAUGUGCAAUAUGAACUAACGAGUUGACCGAGUUUCGGACUGUACAUCGGUUGAUACCAGUGAAGGUUUAUAUACGUAUGUAGAUAACAAAACGGAGGUCAGUGCACACACUACGUCACAACUAGACUAACUAACUAUUGGAUGUCUUUGCGUAACUGGUUUGUUGUUAGAGCGGCAGCUGAGCGUAUUAAUAGCCCAGUAUUUGGCAACGGCAUCACACGAGGGCUCGGUAUCUUUAGUUCGGUCCCGGCGGGCGGUAGCGGCCGAGCGCAGUUGACACACGAUGGGGACACGGACCAACACGUCGACCGCGUCCUCGUCGUCGUCUGCCGCGGCGGCGGCGCGUCGCGCGAGAUACGCUAGGUCCUCUACAGUGAGUGUGACGCAGCUGCUCAGCGACUCGUGUUCUAGUCUCAUCAAUAAGAUAACGUCCCGUGUGCGAGGACCGUCCGCGGCGGUAGAAGGUGCUGCGGUUACCGCUCCGGUCAGGCCGCAGAGGGACCGGGACCGUGCGGACCGCGAGAACAUCGAACCGCCCGCGCCGCGCCGCGUCCACCGCGAAGUCCCCAGUGAAACUACACGUAGAUUAGAGGACUACAAGUACUCCGCGGCUCUGGAUAAAUACUCGCGUCGACGAGAGAGAGAACGAGAACGUUCCGGCGGUCGAUCACUCACCAAGAGCGCCACCACUCACUCUAUACUUCUAGCAGAGAAGGCGUAUCCUUACGUGUCGUCCACGUCGGUGGUCCGCGAGAAGACGCCGUACCGCGGCGACAGACGGCGUCACACGGAGGUGCGACAACACAAACUACGACCACUGCGUGCGGGAAAUACUACAGAUCUGAGCGAUUCACGGCUAACACUAGUGCCACUGAACGACAACACUGUAGUAGGCCUACCUGAGAUUGCGGACGACGAGACACGACAAGCGAGACGCAAGGAGAUACAGAGUCUGAUAUUGAAGUAUACUGGGCUAGAGGACAACACGGAGGAGCAGACUAGUGCUCUAGCGCGAUGUCAACAAAAGUAUUCCAACUACCUGCAACACUCUAGUAGUAAACGGAACAUCCCUACGACAACAACAACCACCUCCACCACUGUCGCCGCUGUACCCAGCUCAAGGGCCCCUUCCAUAGAGGACGACGAGGACGGCCACCUCAUAUACCACCAUGGCGACAUUCUUCAAGACAGAUAUAAAAUACUGGCCACCCUAGGUGAAGGAACUUUUGGAAAGGUUGUGAAAGUGAAAGACUUAAACACGGAGAACACAAUUGCUCUGAAGAUCAUAAAAAAUGUUGAGAAGUACCGCGAGGCAGCCAAGUUGGAAAUUAAUGCCUUAGACAAAAUUGCAGAGAAAGACCCCGAUGGAAAACACCUUUGUGUGAAGAUGCUAGAUUGGUUCGACUAUCACGGCCAUAUGUGCAUUGCUUUCGAAAUGCUUGGUCUCAGCGUAUUUGACUUUUUGGACAACAACUAUCAGCCAUACACGUUAGAGCAGGUGCGUCAUAUCAGCUAUCAGCUUUGUUACUCCGUCAAGUUUCUGCAUGACAACAAACUCACUCACACGGACCUCAAGCCCGAGAACAUACUCUUUGUCGACUCUGACUACGAUAUUGCCUACAACAGCAAAAAGAAACGGGAUGUGAGGAGAGUGAAGAGCUCAGAUGUGCGGUUGAUAGACUUUGGCAGUGCCACAUUUGACCAUGAACACCACAGCACAAUAGUGUCCACACGCCACUACAGAGCUCCUGAGGUCAUUCUAGAGCUAGGCUGGUCCCACCCGUGUGAUGUCUGGUCUAUUGGCUGUAUCAUCUUUGAACUCUACCUGGGCAUCACACUGUUCCAGACUCACGACAACAGGGAACACCUGGCCAUGAUGGAGAGGAUACUAGGGACCAUUCCUUACAGGAUGGCACGUAAGAGUAAGACAAAAUACUUCUACCACGGCAAAUUAGACUGGGACGAGAAAAGUUCAGCAGGACGUUACGUCCGUGAAAACUGCAAACCCCUUCAUAGGUACCAAACUGUCGAGGAUGAGGACCACCGGCAGUUGUUUGACUUGAUCUCACGUAUGUUGGACUACGACCCCAGCGAGCGCAUCACGCUGGCCGAGGCAAUGAGGCAUCCAUUCUUUGACAAGAUCCCUGCACACCAACGCCUCGGCACUGCAGAGAGGAGCCACUCCUUGUCGAGAUGAAGGCGGCCGUCGCCAGUAUGACAAGCUGGCACUUCGGACUGGUACGGCUACUUGGACUAUAAGUGAUACUAGUGAACAGCCGACGUUUAACUUAAAUUUGAGAUUAUUAGGAUACUUGGACUCUUAGUACCUGCAGUGAGGUCUAAAUGUGGCACAAGCGUGUACCUUUUGGUUUGGCGAUUGCUAUGUACAUUUUGUAUUUCUAUGUUGUAAACAAUUGUUCAUACUUUGGUAUUAACAUUGUCGCAUGUUUAAUACCAUAUUUUUCUUAAUAAAUUAUAAAAAGAG